AAAUAGCGGGGUUUAUAAACGUUUCUUGACGUUGAUGUUGAUCUGUAGGUGAAACGUCAUGUCUAAUGUUUAACUCUUUGAACUAAACGUCCAGUUUUGGAUGAGAGGUAAAUGAGAUGCUGGCAAUUUCAUCCAAAAAUCCAAAUGAUCAAGAACUUCCAUUGCAGAACCUAAACUCUUUAAAACAAAAUAUACCAAGUACACGUACCGUCUCAAGUUUUCCUGCUCCUGAAACUGACAACACAAUUCCGAUACCGCAACCCCAGUUUUCAAUAUCAUCACAGGCGUUCAGUAUGUUUUUAAUCAGGUCUAUUGAAAAAAUCGCUAGCGAACGCGAAACCCGUAAGUCUAACAAUUCAGCUGUGAAAAAGGCAUGUGAGGAGGCUCUUGUCUUGCUAAAAGAACAACCACAAGUGUUACCGAGCAGUAAAAUCUCGCCAGGAAACGAAUCUAGCACACAUCUACCACCUCUAAAAUCAGACUGUGGUAUAUUGUUGAGUGAUGAAAGACUUCUUCGUCCAUUCCAACUGGCCUGUACUAUGAAAUCACCUAAAAUUGUCAGCACAGCAGUCGAUUCAUUGCAGAAGUUAAUUGCUUAUGGUCAUAUUCCAAACACAGCUGUUUGCUCUUCUGGAAAAGUUCGUAUAAUUGAACAAGUUGUAACUACCAUAUGUUCAUGUUUCCAAGGUGUGCAAACUGAUGAUGGCAUUCAGUUACAAAUUUUAAAGGCACUCUUAACUGUAAUCACAAGUUCAGUCGUUGAAAUUCAUGAAGCUGAUAUCCUUCUUGUUGUAAGAACCUGUUAUAACAUUUUUAUGGCUACAAAAAACCCAAUUAAUCAAGCAACAGCACGUGCAACUCUUACACAGAUUAUUAGUGUAUUAUUUCAACGGAUGGAACAAAAUGCAUUUGAAGCAGCAAUUGCAAUUAACGCACAUAUUUCUCUUAAUUCUGAUUCAACUAGACCAGAUGAGUGUAACAAGCUUGAACAAUCGCCUUUGGAAAAUUCAACACAAAUAUCAUUUGAAAAUGAAUCGGAUUCGCUAAAAGAUGAACAUAAUACUGGCGAAAAAUUAUUAAAUGGCGAUGCUCAUAUCAACAGUUGUGAUUCUCCUGAUGCUGACAAUGGCUAUAUACCUUCGAAAGAAGACAAGGAUUCUGAAUCGAAAGUUAAUAAGAUCGUGGAAAACAUUCUAUAUGAAAUAAUAAAAAAAGUCGCAGUAGAUGACGAAGACGAUAGUAAUUCUCUGUCGUCACCUCAUUGUAUACCGAAUUCUGAAUCGCUACCUGAUAUAUGUAAAUCAUCCAUAGAUUCGUCACGUUCUUCAUCCAUUUCAAUUUCAGUAAAUACUAGCCUUAAUCAAGAAUGGUCAAGUGGUAAUGUCACUCCUAGUAUUGUUAGUGCCACUGCUACAACUACCAAUAACAUACAUGAGUCGGAUUUAAGAGAUCCGAAUUCUACAUUAGUCGUGGAUAAUAAUUGUGAAGUUGUCACUUCAGCGCAUGUUACACAGAAGGAUGCAUUUCUUGUUUUUCGUAGCUUAUGUCGUUUGGCAGUGAAAGAUUUCACGGGUUCAGACUCAAAUGAUCCCAAAUCACAUGCUGUUCGCUCAAAAUCUUUGUCAUUACAAUUAUUACUUAAUUUGUUACAACAACCUGGUCCGUUAUUUUCAACGAGUGAAAUAUUCAUAGCUGCUAUUAAACAGUAUUUAUGUGUAGCUUUAUUUAAAAAUGGUACUUCACCAAUUGUGGAAAUAUUCGAGUUAUCUGUUGCUAUUUUUCUUGCCCUAUUAACAUAUUUCAAACCAUACUUGAAAAGACAAAUCGAAGUAUUCUUCAAAGAUGUCUUAUUACUCAUUUUAGAGUCAUCCAAGUCAUCAUAUGGGCAUAAAUUAAUUGUUAUUGAUGCAUUGAAACGUAUAUGUGGUGAUGCACAAUGCUUAGUUGAUAUUUAUCUAAAUUAUGAUUGUGACUUAAGUAUGGCGAACAUAUUCGAACGACUAACAACAGAUUUAGCUAAAAUUGCUCAAGGACGUUAUCUAGUCGCUGAACAUGGGAAUAAUACGUCGUCAUCAAUUCAGCAACAACAACAAAUACUACGAUCUAGUGGUUUAGAGUGUUUAGUACUGAUUUUACGUUGUAUGACUGAAUGGUCUCAGGAGCUUUAUGUUAAUCCAGAAUCCCAGUCGUUUUUGGGUUCUGAACCAAUGUUGGCGAAUAGUGGCAGUAAUUCUAAUACAGUAGAGAAUGCUGGUGUGGAUGGUAACCAUAAUAUGACUUCACUAGGCACUGUUAAGCCUUAUGAUGACCCUGAAGCAUUUGAAUCUCGCAAGGCACAAAAAGAAAUUUAUGAAUCUGGAUUAGCAUUGUUCAAUCAGAAUCAACCUCUUCGUUGUUUGCAAUUACUGCAAGAAAAUGGAUUGAUUGGAGAAUCUGUUGAGUCAGUAGCACAGUUUCUCUUAGUUGAAGAUCGUUUGUCAAAAUCACAUAUCGGUUAUUUUCUCGGUGAAAAUGAACCGUACAAUCUACGUGUUAUGUAUGCAUAUGUUGAUCAGUUUGAUUUCACUGACAAGGAUUUUGUUUCUGCUAUGAGGGAAUUUUUAUCGGGCUUUCGAUUACCCGGUGAAGCACAGAAAAUUGAUAGACUUAUGGAAAAGUUUGCUGCACGUUAUUUUGCAUGCAAUCCAAAUAAUAAUGUAUUUGCUUCAGCCGAUACUGCAUACGUUUUGGCUUUCUCAAUAAUCAUGUUGACUACAGAUUUGCAUAGUUCUCAGAUUAAACCGCAUAAUCGUAUGAGUAAGGAGGAUUAUAUACGCAUGAAUCGUGGCAUAAAUGAUAGCCAAGAUUUACCAGAAUCUUAUUUAGCUCAAAUUUAUGAUGAAAUUGCUAAUGCUGGUAUAAAAUUGAAAGCUGAUGAUAAUGUUACCAAACUUACAAAAAUUUCUACAUCAACUGAAAUCAGCCCUAAGCUAGAUAACCGACGACAAACAGGAGAUGGAGAGAUUUUAGGAGAUUCUGUAAUGUCUGGUUCAUCUGAAUUCACUUGUGCAACCCAUUGUGAACAUGUUCGUCCAAUGUUCAAACUAGCAUGGACACCGUUUCUGGCCGCAUUCAGUGUUGGAUUACAGGAUUCUGACGCACUAGAUGUGAAUCACCUGUGCUUAGAAGGUAUUCGAUAUGCCAUACGUAUAGCAUGUAUAUUUCAUAUGGAAUUAGAAAGAGAUGCUUAUGUACAAGCACUAGCACGAUUCACACUACUAUUAACAACAUCACAUGUAAAUCCUACUAUUACGAAUGGAAAUUCAUCAGGUAUAAAUGGAAAUAAUCAUCAAACUGUUAAUUCUCGUCGUCCACGAUCUGAGAAGAUUAAUACGAAUGCAUCAUCUACACUUAGCAAUGCUUAUACAAAUGCAUUAGGAUCAAAUACUUCUAAUCCAGCUUUAUCUACUCCAGAAGCGAUGAAACAGAAAAAUAUUGAUACAAUACGUACAUUGAUUACAGUUGCUCAAACGGAUGGUAAUUAUUUAGGACGUGCAUGGUUAGAAAUUCUACGGUGUAUAUCUCAACUGGAAUCAGCACAUUUAAUUACUCAUGCCAUUUCAUCGACAUAUGGAUUAAAUACUAACAAUCCGCAUAUUGUUAACCGUCCAACACAUUACAAUUCAUAUAACAAUUCUUAUAACCAGAAUAUAAAUGAAUUAUCUACGGUUACUUCAUUAACAACAGAAAAUGGUUCUAUCAAGUCCAAUAAUUUAAUAGCAUCUAGUCCAACAGUUACAUCUAAUCAUUUUGUAAGUUCCAAUUUGAAUGAACCUGUAGCACCAGGUAGUUUAGCGGCUUCUAUUGUCGACUCUAAAAAAGCUGCUGUUUUACAAGAAGUAAUGGGAGAGACUGGAUCACAGAGUGUGGUAGUUGCUGUUGACAAAAUUUUUACAGGAUCAAUCCGUUUAAAUGGUGAUGCUAUCGUAGAAUUUGUAAAAGCUUUAUGUCAAGUUAGUCAAGAGGAAUUGAAUCUUCCACAAGCAAGAACAUUUUCACUUCAGAAAGUUGUUGAAAUUUCAUAUUAUAACAUGGGUCGUAUUCGAUUACAAUGGUCACGUAUUUGGGAACAUAUUGGUAGUCAUUUUACAACAGCUGGUCGAUCAGUUGAUGAAGACGUUGCUGAAUUUGUUGUUGAUUCUUUACGUCAAUUAUCAGUAAAAUUAAUAGAAAAAGGUGAAUUACCUAAUUUUCAUUUCCAAAAAGAAUUUCUUCGUCCUUUUGUAAAUAUACUGGAAACUGAACCAAAUGUCAGUCAUAAAGUUCAAGAUAUGAUAGUUCGUUGUAUUUAUCAAUUAGUCCAUUCACAAUAUUCGAAUAUACGUUCUGGAUGGACAAAUAUUUUUGCUGUUCUACACUUAAUAGCAUCGUCUUUAAAUGAAGCAAUAGUUGAUAUGGCAUUUGAAACUUGUCAUUUCACUGUGAAAACUGUUUUCAAAGAACAUUUACGUAUUGUCGUUGAUGCUUUUCAGCCUUUAGUAAAAGCAUUAGCUGAAUUCGCAUGUAAUCCUCGAUUUCCUGACACAGCUAUGGAAAGUAUCCGUUUAAUUCGUAUUUGUGCAUGUACAGUAGCUGACAACGAAACAGUGUUUAUUGGUCUACAAAAUCCUGAAUUUCCUAUUGUAAAUAAUAAUAACUCGAUGGAAUUACCCAAUUCUGAUUUGAAAUAUGUAUAUUUAUUACCUGAAGAUGAUCAAAUUUGGUUAAGAGGUUGGAUGCCCGUACUAUGUGAAUUAUUUCGUAUAAUAAAUGGUUGUAAAUUAGAUGUACGCACUCGUGGCCUUACUGUGUUUUUCGAUAUAUUAAAAUCACAUGGCAAUAAAUUUAAACCAUUGUGGUGGCGUGAAACAUUUGCUGUUAUCUUUCGAGUUUUUCAACAUUUCCGAAUCUCUUCAGUAUCAUCAGAAUAUAAUAAUACCAUGACAAAUGUUGAUUUGGAAACAGUCGAUCAUCAUAUUUCUUCGGUAAAAACACCUCCGUACUCGAAUGCAUGGAAUGAACAAGCUAUCACCAGUAAUCGGGGUAUUCAUCAUCAGACUCUUUCAAAUAUGGAACGUACUGAAUGGAUGAAUACAACUUGUAAUCAUACGUUAUUUUCUGUUGUGGAUAUAUUCACUCAAUUUUAUGAUGUGUUACAUGAUAUUCUUUUGGAUGAUAUUUACCAACAACUUCGAUGGUGCUGUUUACAAGAAUAUGAACAAUUAGCUCGUUCUGGAACAAGUUGUUUGGAAACCUUAAUUUUAUCUAAUGGUAAACGAUUCAAUGAUAAAAUUUGGGAAUCAACAGUAAAUUUAAUUGUUGAUCUCUUCAAAUCUACAGUACCCCAUCAAUUGCUAACAUGGCGCCCAGAACAAAUGCCAAUUGAGAUCAACGAUCAAACUAUGGCUACAUCAUUUGAAAAUACCAAUCAACAAUCUAUACCUGGCCAUGUUGCAAGAGCACAUUUAUUCGCUGAUUUACUCAAUAAAUGUGUAGUACAAUAUGAAUUAAUACAAACAGUUGAUCAUAUUUUAUUUUAUUCAGCUCACAGUAGAAAUGAAGAUAUUCACUAUUUACAUGAAGCACGUCGGUUAGCUGUUGCAUCUUAUCCAGCAUUUGAAGUUGCUUUACAAGCGGCUACAUCAUCAAACCAACCAACAUUAUUCAAUUCGCCAUCUUUUCUUACUAAAGAUAGCAAUAGUAAUAAUAAUACAGGAAGUAGAAUAUCAGUAGAUAUCAUUAAUCAUGAUUAUUCGAGUACAAACAAAACUAUAACUAAUCAUAAAGAUGAUCUACGCAUUUUAGAUUCUUCUGAAAACCUUAGUGUACUUGAAAAUGAAAAGGCUAGUACUCAAUUCUUUUUUGAAACUAAUCUAAAUAAUACGACUCAGUUAGUCGGAGCUAGUCCGUUACCGUUUGAUUCCCGAGGUAUGUAUCCUCAUUUGUCACCGCAACAACGUUUUACUUUGGCAAAGUGUCUGCUAGAUUCACAUGCAUUCGCUAAAAAAUUUAAUUCAGAUGAUGAACAACGAAAUAUUCUAUUUCAAGCAGGCUUCAAAGUUAAAGCUAAACCGAAUUUAUUAAAGCAAGAAACACAUAGUUUAUUAUGUGCUUUGCGUAUACUAUUUCGUUUAGCUGAAGAAGCAAGUGAUAUACGUGAAAAAGCUGAUGAAUUAUUGGACCAUGUAAUAUUGGAUGCUUUUCAUUAUUACCAUGGUUUAGUUAUUGAUGGACAUCGACAUGCAUGGGAUCCUUGUUUAGUAUUAAUUAUUACACAAUUAAUUCAAUUAUCACCUUCAUCAAGAUUUCAUAAACAUGCUACUUGUCUAUAUCCUGGUCUGUGUGAUUUAGUUGCAAUGGCUGGUGGUAUUUCACCACAAGUUGCUGCUUUAAUGCGUGUUUUUCUGUUACGUUGUGGAACCUUCUUCAUACCUAUAACCAGUGGUGGUGGUGGUAGUAAUAGUAAUAGUAGCAAUAGUUGUACGAAAAUGGAGAAUUCUUCAUAAACAGUGUAAAUUUACAUAUGUAUCUUUGCGUUUUGAUUAAUUACGAUAUAAUUCAUUUGAAGUAUACUGGAGUGCCAAAGAAAUAUCUAUAUGGGUGGUGGGAUAUACAUAUAUCUAUGUCUGAUCCAAUAAUUUUAUUUAUUCUAUCCAUUUCUCUUAUAUAUUUAUCUUUCACAAUUUUCCUAUUAUUUUUCAUUGUUUUCCACUAUUAAAAAUCUUAUUAUAGAAAAGCUUAAGAAUAUAUCAUCAUAAUCAUUAUUUUGUUUACUUGUUUGUGCACGUAUAUGUGUUGUUCUUUCUUCUUCUUUUUCAAAUGAAGUUCUCUUUAGAUUUACAUUCCAUAAGAUUUGUGAUAAACGUCGAUUAGUAUCCCUUGUCUUCAUCUUCUCCUUUUUUUUUAUAAAGAAAAACUAAUUAUUUUAUUCGAAAUUAUCCAUGAAUUCCACUACCCUUAACACGUAUCAUUAAUUCUAUUUUAUUUGUCAAUUUUGUCGGGGAAAAAAAUAUAAGAAAAAACACAAUUAUUAUAGUCUACAUCAAUAUGAAUUUAUUCAAUAAUCCAGUGCCUUUUUGAUAAAAUUAAAGUUUUGUGACUGAACGACUUACAAUGAUGAUGAUGAUUUGGUGUAUUGUUUUUGUGAUGCUUAUCGUUCAAAUUAAAACAAAUCACUUAUUAUAUUGUGCUUUAUUUUUUGUUUGUUUGUUUGUUUAUUAAGAAAAAAAAACAAAAGAUAAACAAUUAGUGAAUAAUUGUUUCACUGUUUUGUUGAUAUUUAAUGGCAUAACUACUUAUUGUCUAAAUGAACAAAUGAAAAUACUUUACCCUAUUAUUAUACAUCUUUUAUUCUUUUCAUUGCAUAUCAUUAUUAUAUGUUGUUCAUUGUUAUUUUCUCCAUUAUUGAUCAUAAUUAUCAUCAUUGUAUGUAAGUAAAUGAAGAAUAAUGAUAAAUAUUCUAUUACAUAACUACUGUAGUUGUUCACGUGUUAAAUUUUCUCUUGUAAUUUAAUUAAUUUGUUUCCCUUGUCAAUGGCUGUGCGAUUUCACUAAGAAAUAUUCAUCUUUACACUGAUUUUCGUCCUUUUUUUUGCGUGCAUUCCCCUCAUUUAUUCACUAACUGGGUUUUGUCUCUCUCAUCAUGUUGUGUUUUCUUUUUUUUUUAUGUGAAUAUUGUAUUAUAUUCUUUUCGGAUAACAAUUUCUAAUCUAGAUUUAGACAACGUAGAACAUUCUUUUCUGGUUCCCUAUCCAUCACUAGUACAAUUAUAUAAUUGUCAUCAGUUCCUUGUAUUCAUGACAGUGAUUAGUGGUUAGCUGAUUACUUAACUGUUGUUAUUGUUAUCGUUUGUAUUGUCACCAAUUUUCUUGUAUUAUUUUCAAAUUUACUGAAACAUGUAACCCUGUUUAUUUAUUUAUUUGUUUUCUCUCAAAUGUUUCUUUGUUUAUUCUCCGGAGAUUUGCUGUGUGAAUAAUUUUGUUCUGUUUGUGUAUUCAUUGUAGGCUAUUCGUUAUUUUAUCGUUUUAGAGCAAUAAAAAGUUACCUAUGAUUAUUGUUAUCAUGAUUAUUACUAUUGUUCUUACCAUAGUGAUGACUGUUCUUUUGAAUAUUAUCUUUUUAAAAUAAUAACAAUAAUCGUCCAGUGUAAACAAAAAGUUCAUUUAUAAAAUUAAAUAAUUUUUCUUAUUAUUA